AUGCUCAAUAUUAAUGGAAGAGAAAUAGCAGCUUAUGGUGCUAAGCACCACAAAAGCAUUCUUAAAGCAAAAGAUCUUAUCCAUGCAUGUGCUCAAAGAACAAUUGCUAAUGGGGAAAAUUUCUCCAUUCUUAAUGAUCCUUGGCUUCCACAUAAUUCAAACAACUAUGUUGUCUCACGGCACCCUACUCUUGUGAAUAAGUCGAUCAACUGCCUCUUUCAAGUCGGUACUCGCGCGUGGGAUGAGGAUGUUGUGAGGGACCUGUUUGUUGCCCGUGAUCAGGACCUUAUUUUGUCCAUUCAGCUUAGUGAUUCGACCGCUAAUGAUGGUUGGAGUUGGCGACUUGAGACUUGUGUGAAUUAUUCGGUUAAAAGUGCAUAUAAAUUCUUGCAAGAAUCAAAGGGUGCUUGGUGCCGAGAUACCAAUACUGAUUUUUGGAAGCGGCUUCGUAUUGAAACAUUUCACCAUGCGUUGAUGGAAUGCUCGUUUGCAAAGGCUACUUGGCAUCGCAUCAUAGUGGACGUUGGGACUGGGGCUGUAACAUUCAGCAGCUGGUUGUUGGAAAUUUUUACCAGGGGGCACGAAGUUGAAAUGGAGGAAGUGGCAAUGGUGAGUUGGGUUAUUUGGCGUGCGCGGAAUGACUUUAUUUGGCAAAAGAAGAGUUGGCUUGCUUCAAAUAUUGUAACAUCAGCUAGAAUCAUGCUUGAUCAAUACAAAUUUGCUCAGGGAAGGAAGGGCCUUUCGUUGUCUUCUUUAAAUGAUGGGGGGCGGAACUAUGAGCGUUGGAUUGCACCUGUGUUACACAAGAUUAAAGUUAAUGUUGAUGGGGCUUUAUUUGAACAAGAGGGGCGGUUUGGAGUGAGCUGUGUAGCUCGAGAUCAUCAUGGAACCAUGGUAAAAGCUUUUAAGAAGGGAAAGGUUGGGUAUGUCCAACCCGAAAUUGCUGAGAUCGUAGGCAUCAAAGAAGCUUUGAGUUGGAUUGCAACUCAUCCCUGGGACAAUGUAGUGUUAGAAACGGAUAGUUGGUUGUGUGAUUCAGUUGGAGAAUUGUUCCUCUGA